AUGGCUCCUCCUCAGAAAAAGUAUGUUUGCGGUUAUUGUGCCCGUGCGUUUACUCGCUCGGAACACAAGCAGCGCCAUGAAAGAUCACACACCAAUGAGAAACCGUUCCAUUGCCUCUACUGCCCGUCGGCUUUUGUUCGGCGUGAUUUACUUCAGCGGCAUUGCCGGACCGUGCACAAUAUCCGACUAGUCCUGAGAUCUACCAUCAAGGAAUCUCCUGAAGCGGCUGCAAAGCACAAUAGUGACGUAAUAUCCGUGGAUGAAAAGGUUGUAAAGUCCAAUCUGGAUCCGGUCAUUUCCGGCCUGAAAACAAUGAUUCCGAACAAUAGCCCGAGGUCAGAUGCAACCGAAGGACCAGUUUCGGGUGAGGUUGCGUCAGCACAAAUGCUUCUCCAACUUGCUCCGGCUUGCCGGGCCCCAGAGGAUUCAGACCGCUACUACAACUCCUUAGACAGGUCGGAACACAGCUCUAAUGCUCGCAAUCUCUAUUCUGCGUCCAAGAAAUUAGAGCUGCUAUAUGACAGCAGUGAUUUACAUUAUCCAGUAGAUGAUAUGUUCUUGGCAGGGUACUGGGUUCUCGCCAGAGACACAUCAUCUGGGUUUGAAGCACAAGAAUUCGUUGACUAUUUACACUCUCGAACUCCUGGGGCAUUGGAGUUUUGUGAUUACAAGGCUGGCAUUGCCUAUACCAUUCUAGCUGCCGGUGCAUUGACCAUCCACUUGGAAGAUUUCAGCCGGGAAGAAGUGGCCACAUUAUUCAUGAAUAAAGCCUGGAAUAUUUUGGUAGAUCGGCUUAUGAUACAGAAUAAUAAUGUGGACGCCCACAGUGAAAUUCUUCGAAAUUUGUAUUUGUUGACUUAUACGUAUAUCCGUUUCUUCAACAAUUGUCUGAUGGUUGCUUACUUGGAAGAUAGUGCUCUUGCAAUUUUGCAGAAUUUGUCAUCAUACUCCGAAGCAGUGGCAUCCCGUGUUGUCCUUCUGAAUAUCCAAUUAUUCUGGAGAAUCUACACUUUGGUCUCGAAACAUAAGACUAGCGAUAUGCCUCCUAAGUUCUACUCUUGGUAUUUAUCACAACCUAUUGAUGCAGCUUCGAAUAAUUCGUUGCUUUCGUUGAUGAAGAGUUUCUCACUGGCCACAUACCCUCUUUCAGACCCAUUUAUUUGUGACGUUGUCAUCUGCACUUUGUCUAAUGAGCUAAACAAUUAUGUCAUCAACAAGAGUUUGUGGGUCUACGAUCUGCGUGCAGCUUUGCACAAUGCCAUAAUGAUGGUUAAUAAAUCAAUCGAGAAGUCUAUGCUGCUGGCCAGCGUUGCUCCUCAUGUUUUUGGUAGCUUCAAAGAGAAGCUUAUUUUUAACGCACCACACGAAUUCAAAAGCCUUUUGGACGAUUAUGUUUUUAAUGUGUCCAAACCACACCAUUGGGAAUUACUCUCUCUCACAUUGAGAGACUACAAUACAAACUUCAAUUUUCGUCUGUUUGUGAAAGAGAAUUUAAAUAGUCCAUUUCAAAAAUUUGGAAAUGACUUACUUGCUUUCUUUUCAGGUACUUCUGAUGAGCUAUCCAUACAAGAAGGCUAUAAGAAUGUUGGAAUUGUUAGUUAUCCGUUGAUAUUCAAUUACUCUUUUCUCAGAUUGAACCAUAUGACGUCUCCAAUAAUGGAAAACUUGGAUAUAUUGGAGUUAACAAAUUUGAGCUAUUUGAUUCUAGAGUGGCAAGUUACUGUUGUGAAAGUAUUGAUUAAUCUCGUCUCGAACAGAAAUGGAAAUAUGACAAAGACACUUCAGGAGAACGUAAUUCUCCGAGGUCUCCUCUACAUGAUGGGUGAUGGAGAUUCACGAAUUACACAGUUCUCGCCCGAGUAUUUCUUGCUGGUUUUCAACAAGUUGACGAAAAUCUGCGAGACGUGGUCUAACAUUGUGGACAGGGCAGAGAGUUUAAAUACAUUACGAACAAACUUGAACCGAUUCUUGAGUGAUUUAUUUGUCCUUGCAUUGAAUAACGACAGGUUGCUUAUUGAGGAUGUAUACAUCACAAACGAGUCAAUCUUGCUCAGAAGCAAACGGUCAAAAUCAAUAGGCUCCAUUGACAUGGGCUUUUCGCCUUACAAGAGUGACGCGAGCUUGAGAACAAGUUCUAGCACUCAGAGCUCACAUCUGUCAUUUCCGUCGACAACAAGCAACCAUAAUUAUGUGUUGAUGAAAAAGUCGUCGCUGUUGCCUCAAACAAAUGCUCACAAAACACCGUAUCUCCCGGAUGCAUUAUCACCCACUCAGUCUUUGCCUCCACUUCAAAUGUUGUCGGUAUUUACACCAGCCACCGGCUUGAGUACCUCUCCCAACAACAUUACUCCAUUGGCCCAUCUGAUUUUACCCCCUUUAAGAACGACUAUAAAAGAGAUGGUUGGAAGUACAUUUCCUGUUUCGAAAUGA